AUGUCAUUGAAUAAAUUCAAUGGUUAUGUUGUUAUGUUAUGAAAAAAUAGUUUUAUUAUUAUAUUUUGUGGUAUUCGUGAAAUUGUAAAUAAAAUGUGACAAAUGGAUAACGAACAUUCAUCCGGAAUUAAACAAAUCCUAUCUCAAUUAGGAGACGAGGAACUGUGGGGAUUAACCAGGACCGUAACGGGAGGCUUACUCCAAGAUAAAAUACAAUCACGAGAGGAAGCCUUGCUUGCAAUUAUAAACUAUUCCCCGGAUUUCAAAAGCAUCCUGAAGAGAAAAGUGGUUACCAGAGAACUACUCUUUUCGUACCUACAUCAAAACCGGAUACCUGUGGUCAUGCCAAUUUCUAAAGACGAAAUAAUUGGAAUUAUCUGCUCGCACUGGAAUUCAAAGAAGACUGCACAAUCGAGACCAGCUACAAUCCAAAGUGUAUACCAUAGUUCAACAGUUCAGCAAUUGCAAAAUGACCAAUCGACUCAAAAUGACGUUAUUGUCCAGCAAUCGACUCAGAUCCAAAAUGGGCAGCAAUCUGGCCAAUUAGAUGUGAACUUUUUAGCCUUAAAAUUUACAGAAUGGUUUUACACCAUGUUAAAUUCAACGGAGCCAAUCGCUCACGAUCAUUUUUGGAACGAUUCCAAAUUAAAAGUUAACUUACUGUCUCCAAAUGGGGAUAGCACAGAAGAGAUCGUUUACGGUCCGGCCGUAAUUAGCCAAACUUUAUUUAAAAUUAAGACCGAACAUAAUUUGUAUUUUAAUCCAAACUGCUUGAACGACGGCGUUCAAGGUCGUGUUGAUCCGCACGGUUUGGUUGCUGUUCUGGCGUGCGGUACUUUGCAUGUGAAUAGUGUUUGUGUAGGUGUGUUUGAACAGGUUUUUAUGCUCGCUAGAGACCCAUUUUUGGAGAACAAUUGGAAAAUUAAAACUACGGAAUUGAACUUGAGGAGUAAGGAAAAUGUUCAGGGUCCUCCUAAAUUGUGUGAUAGUAGUUUAACAAAUGCUUUGAUGUAAUGUAUUAUGUUACUAAUCUAAGCUCGAUAUACACCUAUUGCAAACCUCAUCAUCCUCACCUACAGGGUGUCCAUGGAUGAGCAGUACAGAUUUCUCAAAAGUUGUGGAUAAUGUUAAAUGAAACCAUCUCAUCUAAAUUAUUUUCAGUUUUAUACGACUUACAGUUUUACUGGAUGUUGACUUACACUUUGCUACAUUAAAUGGGAAGCGAUUGUUUUUU